AGCGGCUGCGCAGCCCAGAAGAAGGAGGAGGAGGUGGAGGAGAUGGAAGAGGAAGGGCGGCCGCGCCGCCUGCUCCGCUCCUUUUCCUUCCGGGUUAGCUGCUGCUGCCGCCGCGUCCACCCGCUGCCCGGCCAUGGGGGAUUCCCCGCAAACUGCGGCUCCGCUGGACCCCGCGCUGGGGAGGCCUCUUCCCCGGGGCCGCGGGAGCACUGCGGACUCCCAGGACAAGCUCUUCCUCAUUAAAGGUGGAAUUUUUCUAGGUACGGUUGCUACAGCAGGAAUGAUAGCAGGUUUUGGCACCACGCUUGCCAUGGCAAAAAAGAAGAACCCAAACUGGUUCAAUAAGGGUAUUACUGCUACAGCUGCACUACCUGAAAGCGGCUCAUCACUGGCCUUACGUGCCCUAGGAUGGGGCUCUCUGUAUGCAUGGUGUGGAGUUGGAUUACUAAGUUUUGCCAUCUGGAAGGCUCUGGGUGUUCACAGUAUGAAAGAAUUCCGAACUAAAAUGCAGUCACUGUUUCCAGCAAUACCUAAAAAUAGUGAGUCCACCGUUGAAUGGGAAGACUUACUUAAAUCAAAGUGAAAGAAUCAGAAGCAUUUGGAGAUGGCUUUUUCAGCAAGAAAAGGAGCAGAAGCAUCAGAAGCGUCUCAUCUGAAUGAAAGAGAAAAUAAAUCAGACUGAGCAAGUUACCAACUGAGUUCACUGAACCUGGGGAUGCCAGUUAACAUCUCAGUGGCAAGAUAAUUAAAAUAAUAAUUUAUACUGUAUUUCUUCAGCGUGUUUGGUAUGGUUGAUUUGUGAGAAAAUGAACCUUCCAAGGUAAGUUGGUUCCAACUUGAAAAAAGGCUGUGCAUUAUGAGGACUUAAAAAAAAAACCAACUUUAAUUGUUAAUGUAUAAGGACAGAACCUCAAUAAACGUUUACCCCAUCCUGCCUUUAAAGACUAAUUUUAGGUUAUUUCUCUAGGAAACAAAGAACAGUGCUUUCAGUGCCAUUUACAUGCAUCAUUAGGAAUGUAAAUAUCAAGAUAAUUAUAAAAGGUCCAUCAGUGAGCCUGGAGAUAAAGGUUACAGUGCACUCUUCUAAAAAUAAAGGAGAUAUUUAAAGUUGUAUCAAAGAAAGUGUCUAAACCAAGCUGUUUUUGUCUGAUCGGAAAGUUUAAAACAUCAAAUACAGAGGUAAUGACUUGCUGAGCUCCUCUACAGAGCAGCAGUAGAGACCUCAGUGAAGUCACUCUUUUUUCAGUAGUAGAUUUUUUAUUGGAUCCCACAAUUGUGAAUCUGACCGGUUGUAUAAAAUCUUCUACUAUAUUUGUAUGAACAACGUAAGUGAAAAAUAUAUACAAUAGUGUUAUGUCCAGCCUGUCCUACGCAACAGAUAUUUUCAGCAAACAAAGUGUGUGUUUUCUGGGGGGUGUUAUUUAGUGGUUCCUGUGGCUCUUCUAUCAGGAGAAGCAAUGUGUCGUUUUCCCACACUGCAGUAAUCUCAUGAGGCGUAGGCAUAACUAGGAAGAAUAAUAUGUUGCACUCAAACACUGUAUUUGCAGAACUGUAGAUCUGUAAAAUUGCAGAAAUAAAAAAAUAAAUUAGUAUCAAUGAACAA